AUGUCGUUAUUCAAAAUACGCCAAUUUUGGUAUACAACCAGCGAAGAUGAUGAAUAUUUUGAUCAAAAUUCAUUGAUUGUGAGUAGAUUCAAUUCGGACUUUGAUUACAUCGUUACUGCAAGUCACAGCGGUGUUUUAAGAAUAUUCAAUCCUAGCGAGAAUGGUUUUCAUCCUAACGAUGCUAUAGUGGAAAAGAUUUUUGAUCAUCCCAUUCUGCAAAUAGCCAGCGGCAGAUUGGUAUCAGGAAAUCAAUCUAUGCAGUUGGCAGUUCUACAUCCUAAGUUAUUGGCCAUCUACUCCUUAGUAAUUACUGUUGGUAAAAUUGAACAUGGAAACCAAAGUUAUCUACAAUUGCUAUACGAACACAAACUUCGGAGAUCAGCGGCAAAUUUUGUGGUCGGCCCAUUCGGAGGUUCUCAAAAUAGAGAUUUCAUUUGUGUUCAAUCUUUGGAUGGCAUUUUUAGUUUCUUUGAACAAGAAAGCCAAGUUACUCAUGUGGCUUUACCAGAUUUUCUACUGCCUGGGCCUUUGGAUUACAUAGUGAAGACUGAUAGUUUUAUUACUGUUAGUUCCGAUUGGGGAAUUGUGACAUACAAGUAUAAAAAUCUAUCAGAAGCAGCAGAUGAAUCUACAGAUCCUAUUUAUUCAAAACCAAAACUAAUUAGUGACUGGUUUUAUUAUUUAGGAGAAACUGUUACGGAUAUACAAGUGACAAAUGAUAUAAUUAACAGGGAAUCUUGGAUUGUGAUACUAGGAGAGAAACACUUAAUUUGCCUUACAGAUAAUGGAAUGCCUAAGUUUAUGAAAAAGUUGGAUUAUAGUCCAAUUUGUAUGCAUUCGUAUGUUAUAGAUACUAAAGUCUUCACUCUCAUAACAGCGGAAACAAAUAUGCUGUUGGUCUAUGAAAAUACUACAUUGAAGUGGUCAGCUCAAUUUGAUUGCUUACCAAUUGCCAUACAUCGAGUUUUUCUCAAAUCGAUCAAAGGAGCUUUAGUCUUACUUACCGAAGAAGGUCGUUUGGAAUGUUGUUAUUUGGGUACCGAACCGAGUUUCUUUGUGGCACCACCUUUGAAUUUUCAGGAAAUUGAUUUUGUUACGGCUGAAAAAGAAUUGGUAGAUUUGGAAAAGGUUAUGACAAGCUUCAAUAGCAGCGGUGUUUUCCUAUUCGAAUCAGUAGCACAUGAAUUAAAUGGGAGGGAAAUCGAAAAAGUUCGUGAUCCUGGCCUCACCAGUACGGUUAAGAGUCUUCUGACCUUGAAUGAAUAUGAGAGCAAAACACUCAAUACUGCAGGAUGGAACUGGUUCGGUGGAACACUACCAUCAUUUGUUAAAACUACUGAUAAUGAUGGUACUUUCAAUUUACUGAUACCUCUACAUAACUUGUUCGGUGUAUUUGCUGAUUACGAGAAUGUUAUUAUGGGAAAGCAGAAAAUCAAACUAGUGCGUGCUCGAAAUGAUGAAAAUUGCUACAUUACCGAAACUGGAGAAAAGAAGGCGGCAAUUACAAUUUCUUCAAUAGAACUAAAAGUUAAAUAUGUGUAUCUCAAUGAUAUGAUAAAACUAAAUGUUUUUGAGGAAAUUGCUAAAAAUAAGCCUAUCUUCAAUGCAUAUAGAAAUUGGGAAAUUCAUGAAUUACCAGCUCUAAGAACUACGAAAAGAGAUAUUUGGACAAUAAAUCAAACGCCGCCGAAUAUCAUCAAUUUAGAAAAUUCACAUUCAGAAGGUACAAUACCCAAUUUACACAAAAAGUUAACUAACUGUAGACAUCAUAAAUUAAGUUGGUGUUCAUGUAGUAUUGUUAAUGUUUAUAAAAUAUAUAAUUAUAUUGUGAGAGUUUUGUCUAAUUAG